AUGCCUGGAUUUCUUUCUCCAUAUCGUGGAGAGCGAUAUCAUCUGCGUGACUAUAGGGGAGCAAAGAAUCCACAAGGUCCGGAGGAGAUUUUUAAUUAUACACAUUCAUCAUUGCGUAAUGUCCUUGAAAGAUGUUUUGGAGUGUUGAAAGCAAGGUUUCCCAUUCUUAGAGAUAUGCCUCCCUAUGAUUUAAAAAGGCAAAAGUAUAUAAUAUUGUCAUGUUGUGUUCUCCAUAAUUUAUUCAAAAUGUGCAAGGAUGGAGAUCCUAUCUUCACACAUUAUGCAAAUGAAAAUGUGGAGCUUGAAGAUGACAUAGUUACCGCCAAUGCAUUUGAGGACGAAGUAACUCCUAGUGUUAGUCAAAGUGAACUUCGUCGAAUGGCAAAAUUUCGAGACCGUUUGGCUAAACGAUUAUGGGAUAGACAGGAUUCUUGA